AUGGCAAGCUUCGCGGGAAACAUUGGCUUCAAAAUCUCGUUUCAUCUUCUACCUGGCGAUUUUUCAAUUCCACGGAACAUUUGGAAGUUUCGGAUUGCUUGCUUGAAGAGUAGAGACUUUAGUUCUUCUUCUGUUACUGCUAACUACAUUCCUAUAACAUCAUGCAGGGUGAAGAUUCCGCGUUUGGAAUAUUGUAGCUUUGCUGAUGGCAGUGCAAUCAAGAUAAAUGAUGGGAAAAUUGGGCAUGCAACAAUUGCACAUUGUGAAACUUCUCAAAAUUCAGAUGAAGUUCUCACCGACUUACUAUUUCAUGACAUUGAAGAAGGCUCUGAACAAAUGGAGGAGAUAGAAGACUCCCGUGAACAAGAUUUUAUACGACUUGACAAAUCUAUCAAUGAUGUUGAACAAUCAGCUGUCAAAUUACUUGCAUCUAGGGCACUUACGACAGUUGAAUUGAGAAAGAAAUUACAUAGCAAGAGAUUCUCUCCUAAUGCAGUGGAGGCAGUGAUAAAAAAGCUCCUGAGACAAGGGUUCAUCAAUGAUAAGUUGUAUGCUGAAUCGUUUUCUCAAUCUAGAUGGUCUUCGUCUACUUGGGGUCCAAGACAGAUCAAACAAGCACUAUUCAACAAGGGAGUCUAUGAUACAAUACGGUAUCAACGCAGAAGAUAA